AUGGCUGAAGAGGUUUUCAACGAUAUUCCGGAGGAGUUGCAUGCUACCAUUUUGUCCAGAGGUGAUAGUUUGAAUGUUAUGAAUUCGCACGAUUUGGAACAAGAUACCGAUGAUUUAAGAGAAGAGAACAGACAGUAUUUGACUAAUUUGGCGGAUACCGGUGUUUCUGUGUCUAGAAGUCCUAGCACGACGAGUACUACUAGUUUGAGUCAACUGUCUAGUGAAAAGAAUGGUGUUUCCUUCGGUAAGAUCUUAUCAUUCGCAGGAUCAUGUUCUAUAAAUUUAGUUCUUCCCUUUAUUAACGGGCUAAUGCUUGGGUUUGGUGAGCUAGUGGCUCAUGAGUUGAGCUGGAAUUGGAACUGGUUUAAUAGGAAGAACACAGGAUACCGUAUAUUCCCUGAAAGUAGGAAAAAGUUUGAAUAUGACAUCACUGAGACACAUCCAUCAAACUCUGGCAAGACAGUUAAUGAUACAGAAAGUAAUGAUAAAUUUUUGUAA